ACUGUCAAUCGACAAAAAUUAUUUAAUAAUUUUUUAUUGAAAUUGUUGGAAGCAAAAACCAAGACUAAAACUCAUAUCGAAGUUGAAAAACAUAAAUUGUUCAGCUUUUGUAACUCACCAUGAUAUCGCCUUCAUCAAUUACCAUCCUUAGAAGAAUCACAAGAAAGCAGUCACGACCCUGGCAGAUAAGCGUCAACAACUUUUUCAGUUAUGCCAAUGAAAUUGCUCAUCCUCUACAACGCAAACCACCAAAUGUAACACCCAAAGAAGCUGUUAAAUGCAUCAAAUCUGGCCAUACCGUAUUCUGUCAGGGAGCUGCAGCCACUCCCAAUGUCCUCAUCAGUGCCAUGGUCGAACAUGCAAAGGAAAAUCGUUUGGAGGACAUCACUGUAUGCCACAUGCACACCGAAGGACCAGCAGCCUAUUGUGAACCGGAAAAUAGUGAAAUAUUUCGUUCCAGCUCCUUUUUCAUGGGCGGAAAUGUACGCAAGGCAGUGGCAGAGGGACGUGGCGAUAAUUUCUCCAUAUUUCUGCAUGAAAUACCUCUUCUGUUCUAUAAGAAAAUCGUCCGGCCAGAUGUAAGUUUGAUCAAUGUUUCUCCUCCAGAUCGUCAUGGCUUUUGCUCGUUGGGAACCAGCGUCGAUUGUGUUAGAGCAGCUUUAUUGCACUCUAAGCAAAUAGUAGCCCAGGUCAAUAAACAAAUGCCAAGGACCUAUGGCGAUGCCUGUAUACAUUCCUCUCACUUUGAUGCCAUGACCGAAGUUGAUGUUAAACUUCCACAACAUGGUGGCAAGCCAGGUGAGAAAGAAUUGAAAAUUGGCAAAUUAAUAGCCGAAAAUCUGGUUUGUGAUGGAGCCACCUUGCAAAUGGGCAUAGGUGUCAUACCCGAUGCCGUUUUAGUAGCCCUGCAUAAUCACAAAGAUUUGGGUAUACAUUCGGAAAUGUUUGCCAACGGUGUAGUGGAUCUGGUAAAGGCGGGAGCUGUAACCAAUCGCCUUAAGAAAAUGCAUCAAGGUCGCAUUGUGGGAUCUUUCCUUAUAGGCGAUCAAGCUCUGUAUGAUUUUGUCAAUGACAAUGUGUCCAUUGAAAUGUAUGCCAUUGAUUAUGUGAACAGUGUGAGUGUCAUCAAACAAUUGCCCCGCAUGACAGCCAUCAAUUCAGCCAUUGAGGUGGACUUAACCGGUCAGGUGUGAUCCGAUUCCAUUGGUGCACGUUUCUAUUCGGGAUUUGGUGGUCAAGUGGAUUUCAUACGUGGAGCUGCCGAGGGUAUUGAUGGCAAGGGAGUGCCCAUAAUAGCCAUUCCCUCGGUAACCAACAAAGGUGAGAGUAAAAUUGUGCCUAUGCUUAAGCCCGGCGCGGGAGUUGUGACAUCCAGAGCCCAUGUCCAUUAUGUGGUCACUGAGAAUGGUAUUGCUUCGCUGUUUGGAAAGAAUAUGCGUCAACGUGCCUAUGAGUUGAUAAAGGUAGCCCAUCCCGACCAUCAGGAGAAAUUGGAGAAAGCUGCCUGUGAACGUUUGAAGGUGAAGCCAUCUAGUUGUUAAAUUUGUUUUGGGGAGUAUAAAAUGUUAAUCCGUUAACAAUUUUAUUAAAUAUUUGCAAA